CGAAAAUGGCGUCGAAAUUUCCAGAAGUCCAGGGAGGGGGCUCAUUAAUUGUUGCAUGGCAAGUAAAAGAAAAAAAUAUUCUAGUAGUAGGUGGUGGUGAAGUAGCUGCUGGACGUAUCCUUCAUGCUCUUAAUGCAGACGCCAAAGUCACUGUCGUAUGUCCGGCAUCAGGAUUAAACGACGAGGUGGCCUACCGUGUGCUGGAAGGCCAAGUCACACAUAUUGACCGGAACUUCGAGCCCUCCGAUCUGGAUGGCGCCGACAUGGUACUCUGUGCCAUUGACGAUCCUGAAGCUUCAACAAAAAUCUGGAAACUCUGCAAGGAGAAGCGGAUACCAGCUAACAUAGCCGAUGUCCCUUCUGAGUGUGACUUUUACUUUGGCAGCGUUCACCGGGAUGGGCCGUUGCAGGUUAUGGUCAGUACGAACGGGAACGGACCGAAGCUUGCAAGUAUGGUUCGAAAGAAGAUCGCAGACACCCUUCCCACCAACAUGGGGGCCGCAAUCGAGAAUGUUGGAAAGCUGAGACAAAAGUUGCGGGAGGUGGCGCCAAGUCCCCAGGAAGGUCGUAAACGUAUGAAAUGGAUGUCCGCCAUUUGCGAAUCAUGGCGACUGGAAGAUCUGGUUCAUAUGACUGAGGAGGAUAUGGAAACUCUAUUGACACAUUACCAGCACGGCGGGAUUCCUACUCUUGGUGAAAUUCGAUCCAGCCUUCCGCCGCCGUCGACUGAUUGA